AAGUACACACAUACAAAGAAUCGCAUAUGCGAAAACAUAUAUAAGAUAGAUCGAGCACAUAUGUGAGGCAUGUGCGAGAGAGGGGAGACAACAUCUGAUUUUGUCCUCUCUCUAACAUACAGAUAACAACCUGCAUAUUAAAAAAAAAAACACUUGACGUGUCUCAAGUUUUUUAACUUGAGGUGACAAUUCGCGCACGAUUAGCACGAUUAUCUCAGUGAGGUUAUGAUAAUUUUUGUAAACAAUGAAGACCGAGGUGUAUAACGAGAUAAUGAUGACAAUUCGUAAUUUUCGAGGCCUCUCGAGAGAUUGCGCCAAACUAAUAAAGGAGAAGUAUAACGACAUCCACCCGAACACGCUGUACAGCAUCUUGUCUUUAGAAAUACAACAGAAAAUGAAAAACAAUCAUACCAGAUUGUUUGGGAACAACAAAAGUUACUAUGACAGCUACUUGGAAGCGGUACAGAACGGAGAGCCAAUAGGCAUUCUGCUAAGGAUAGCAAAAGAAAUCGACGCUGCACCAGCUUUAUUAGCACGUAACAUUUUAGAAAAGUAUUGCAGCCGCGACAAUGCAAAUGUUUCGAAAAAUCUAAUUUCCAAACUAUUUAAGGACACUACACUGAUUGAUGAUAAGGAUCUCGCAUAUGAAAUCUAUUUGUGUACAAUAUACGAUGAUCUGUAUGGACCUAUAGCUGAUGCAAUGGGAAUAUGUAUAGGACAAGAAUAUGAAAUCAAGCUUCAAGAUUGUUUAAUACAAAGAAAUAUUGCAUUCCGCAACGAAGAGCACUUGCGACUACGAGGAUACGACAAGACUCCGGACAUUAAGUUGGAAGUACCGAUCGCUGUGAAUGGUUACGUGAUAAACUGGAUCGAAUCUAAGGCACGAUUCGGUAAUAUGGACGUUCAUCAGAAAUAUAUAAAGGAACAGUUCUUGAGCUAUUGGAACAGAUUUGGAUCUGGACUUGUUAUUUAUUGGUUCGGAUUCCUCGACUGUCUGACCAAAUCGACGGAGAAAAAGUUUAUUAUAAUGGACCAUUUCCCCGAAAAUAUUACAUACAUGGACCCGACUUGUAUCAAACCUACGAAUAGCACGUGAUUCUAAUCGAUAUAAUUUUGUUUGUCUAUUUUUGUACAGUUAUCUUUAAGACAGUGACACACAUCUAAUACUUGUAAAUAGAUUUCUAUUAGAUGAUCUAAUGGACUAAUAUUUUGAUAUUAUUCCUGAUUGUUAUCGAAAUGGAUCAAGGUAUGAUUUUGUAUUUUCGUAUCAAUUGUAAUUACUAUAUACAAACCACAUAAAUAU